CGGGGAAUAUAUCCAUCACAGGUAUUCAGGUUCCUCCUCCGCAAAACCCCACAGCGGCGCCUCCUCUCCCGUCUCUUCCGUUCGGUCAAGCCCAGCCCACUCCGCCGUCGCCGCCCGCGAGAGGAGUCCGCUUCAUCCGAUUCGCCGCCUCAAGGACGAGAUGGACACAUCAAGCCCUGCAGCACUUGUCAAUGCAGAGACUCUGAACAUGUUUGUUGGGCGAAGAGUGCGCACGGUUGUUCAAGUCCAACGCAAUGAAGGUGGAGUGGUUGUCGGGCAGUCCAGCGAUGGGCAUCAGUUGAGUAUCAAAAGUGCCAUGGACGUCCCUGUAUCAAACUUUAUGGAGGUUUAUGGAAUUGCUGAAAACAACCAGACCAUCCGUGCUGAAGUUUGCACAGAUUUUGGUCCCAACUUUGAUCCCAAGCCUUUUGAUCAGUUGUGCAAGUUGGCGAGUGACAAGUUCAAGCACAUGUUCCUGUAGAGGUCAUCAUCGCAUGGAGGACCUUUGCCCAACUGAAGCUUGUUUGAAAUUGAUAUGAUUCGCCUCUAAAUGUUACCCCAGUACUCUGUUACUUGUCAGUAUUGGACUCCUAUUAGUAUGUAUUAACCUAAGCAACAUACUACGGAGACAAGCAUAAUAUAUCAUGUAGUUGAAGAACUAUGUUUGUUUCUACUUUUAGGCAAUCCAAACCUAAGCUUGUUAUGUUGCUAUCAUUUGUACUUGGACCCUGAGAAGUUGCUACAAUGGCCAUGCAGCUUGAUGAGAGGAAAAAGCUCUAAUGUGCUAGUCCUAAGUCACAUGCCCCAUCUUAAAAAUCAAGCUUUGAUGUUAUGUCUGCAAGAUCCACCUUAGUCAACCUGAAACUCUCUAUUCAGUUUAUUAUUGGGUUUAA